GUAAGUAGACAUUUGUCACUUUUAUUUUGAACUACAGGAGGUCUAAUGUUAUGCCCAAUGUUAAUGUGUCCUUUUUCUUCUUCAUUAUGUUUUUCCUCAGUUAUCCAGUAAGUGCGGACAAAAAACUCCUCGCCAGAACCAUUGUGACACUUUACCCAUCACUUAACAACAAAAUGGAGGACGAAAAUGAAGGAUAUGAACACUUCUAUUAUCCAACAUGCCACACUGGCUUUCUGGAAGAUAAACUGAGGAAUAUCUGCCGAAAACUAAGGGAUGAUCGGCGCCGUUAUUGCAGAAGGAGUGGCUCAUCUGAAGUCACUGUUCGACUUGAAGAAGUUACAGAAAGUGAUGAGUCUGUCCAAGAAUGGAUAACUGUGAUCAAAAGGAUGAAGCCUUGUCCUGAGAACCUUUCUUCGCUCAAGAUGGGUAUGGACAAAACCUACUUCCACCGAAGAUACUGGAUAUCUAAUCAGUCACCUACUCUGGCAGAGAUUGUUGAGAACUACCCUUAUUUCAUUGAUAUGCCAUAUCUGAUCGACAGAGAGUUUGAGAAGAUGUUUCCAAACAAGACUGACAUCUUUCUACGCAAAUGGGACGCAACCAUGGUCCCAAAGUUGUUGAAGCUGGCUGCUCUUGAAGGAAAAGAUGAACCACCAGAAGCUGAGAGUGCUGAAUCAAAGUGCUAUAGAGCAGUGGUUCUCAAAUGGGGGUACAUGUACCCCUGGGGAUCUAAGCGAUGGACAAAAUGCAGCAUCAAAUCAGCUCUGUCCUACAUGUUGGACAUUAAACAACCAGGAACAAGCUUCCAUGACCUCCUACAAACCACUGAUCCUGCUCCAGUGAUGCAACCUCAUCUGGUGAGCAUUGGACAUCGCAGCACAACAUCAACACAAUAUGUCAUCGUGGCUGCCAAUGACUACGUAGUCAUUCCACUCCAGGAAGAGGACCUCACCUGCAGUCUGGACAAACUCUUCAAGUUGUAUUGGCUAUUACUCAGGAAAAGGCUCAACAGGACUCAGCUGGACCUGCAGAACUUGCUGACACGUAGCCUGACCUUGCUGACCAAGGACUGA